AUGGCUAGUCCUAGUGCUCACAACAUCAACGGGUGGCAUUGGUCUGAGAAGGAUUUUACUGAUUGGGCUAUUACAGAGAUAAAGAAGCGACUCACGUUCCAGCACACGUUGAGUGGGACAGAAGUCAUUGAUGUGUCUGUUACGGAGGCGAAAGGUGAGGCCUUCAAGAAUGUGCGCAAGGGGAAGCUGAGAUCUUCCUAUGACUUCAAGAUUAAGAUGAAUGUGACCUACAAGGCUGCAGACAAAGAUCCCCUGGAGGGAACUGCUGUCCUCGAGCCGUUUUGUGACACGGAGCCAGAAGAUUGGGAGUUCACCUUCAAAGUAACAGAUCCAGCCAAAUACGCACCUGACCUUGUCGGGGAAGCUAAGAAGGCUAUUACAAGUGCUCCCUUCUUGGAGCGUAUGAAAGAGUGGUGCAAAGUGUACGAGGAGAUUGUGGAGUAA